AUGGCCUUCUCUGAGUCAGACAUUCCUGACCUCUCUGGGAAGAUCGUAAUCGUCACCGGGGGAAACUCUGGCAUAGGUCUUCAAACAGUUAAAGUCCUCGCAUCCAAAAACGCACGCGUAUAUCUGGCCUGUCGUACCCGGGCAAAGUUUGACUCGGCCCUUGCAGAGAUCCAUACUCAUUUACACCAACAUGAGGCCGACGUCCGAUUUUUGGAACUUGAUCUUUCAACCAUGAUGGGUGCAAAGAAAGGUGCUGAGAGUUUCAAAUCACAAGAAAACAAGCUCCACAUCCUCUACAACACCGCUGGAGUGAUGGGAACACCCAAAGGGAAAUUGUCAGAGGACGGAUAUGAAUAUAUCUUCAGCGUCAACACCCUUUCUCUCUUCGUCUUCACGUACAAUCUCCUCCCGAUUCUCCAAUCAACAGUAUCCAUAUCAUCCCCAAACACAGUCCGGAUCAUAAACACCGCGUCUAGCGGUGCUAGCCAGGCACCUCGAAGUGGCAUUCCACUCGACGAUCCCACAAUUGGCGCAAGAAAAUCCCCAUCGCAAUGUUAUGGACACUCCAAAAUCGGGGUUGUGCUCUUGACCAGACAGCUUGCGAAAAGAUUCCCUAGUAUCCUGAGCUUUGCCCCACAUCCGGGUCCCGUGCAAAGUAAUUUGACAAGAGAAUUGGGUAUUCCGGGGCCGGUUAUGUGGGUUUUGAACAGAAUCGUUUUCAAACCGGUUGCCUACGGUGCCCUUACGCAACUUUAUGCUGGGACUGCCCUGACAAUCGAUGGAGUUGAAAAUGGUGCUUACAUGGUGCCUCUGGCGUGA